GCCGGGUCGCUGCAGGAGGCGUGGCCACCGCCUUCACAUUCACAGAUUUGGAGGACGAUGCCCUCCUCCAGCGCGUGGGGUCUCCUCCUGCUGGCAGGCCUGUGCUGCCUGGUGCCCCGCUCCCUGGCUGAUGGUCUCCAGGGAGAAGCUGUGCAGGAGACAGAUCCAGCCAAGCAGCAGCAAGCCUGCCACAAGAUCGCCCCCUACCUGGUUGACUUCACCUUCCACCUGUACCGCCAGGUGGCUCAUGAGUCCAACACCACCAACAUCUUCUUCUCCCCAGUGAGCAUCGCUACAGCCUUUGCCCUGCUCUCCCUGGGAAGCAAGGGUGAAACUCACACCCAGAUCCUGGAGGGUCUAGAUUUCAACCUCACUGAGCGAGCAGAGGUUGACAUUCACAGAGGCUUCCAGCACCUUCUCCACACGCUGAAUCAGCCAGACAGCCAGCUGCAGCUGAGCACCGGCAACGGUCUGUUCAUCAAAGAGGGUCUGAAGCUGCUGGACAAGUUUUCCGAGGAUGUCAAGAAUAUCUACCACUCCAAGGCCUUCUCUACCAACUUCGAGAACCCCGAAGAGGCCAAGAAACAGAUCAACGAUUAUGUAGAGAAGGGAACCCAAGGGAAGAUUGUGGAUUUGGUCCAAGAACUUGACAAAGACACAGUUUUUGCUCUGGUGAAUUACAUCGUCUUUAAAGGCAAGUGGGAGAAGCCCUUCAGUGCUGACCAGACCACCGAAGAAGACUUCCACGUGGAUGACCAGACCACCGUCAAGGUGCCCAUGAUGAAGCGCUUGGGCAUGUUUAACAUCCAGCACUGCAACAAGCUCCAAAGCUGGAUUCUCCUGAUGGACUACGUGGGCAACGCCUCCGCCAUCUUCCUCCUGCCUGACGAGGGGAAAAUGCAGCACGUGGAAGACACGCUGAGCCGGGAAUCCCUCAGCAGGUUCCUGGAAAAGAGAUACGCAAGAUCCGCCAGUCUGCACCUGCCCAAACUGUCCAUUUCUGGGUCCUACAAUCUGAAAACUCUCAUGGCUAAAAUGGGCAUCACCAAGGUCUUCAGCAACGAGGCCGACCUCUCAGGGAUUACAGAGGAGAUGCCCCUCAAGCUGAACAAGGCCCUGCACAAGGCCGUGCUGAACAUUGACGAGAAAGGGACAGAAGCUGCUGGGGCCACAGUCAUGGAGGCCAUCCCCAUGUCUAUACCCCCAGAUGUCCACUUCAACAGGCCCUUCCUUGUAAUACUCUAUGAUAAGAACAGCCACGGCAUCCUCUUCAUGGGGAAGGUGGUGAACCCCAAGCUGGGCUAACCGCUCUCUGGGCUCAGCCCCUUCCUCCACACCAGCCUUUCCCCACUCCCUGAAAUUAAAGAAGGGUCCG